AUGACUGUCGACAAGGCUUCCACCUGCUGCGGCAAGAGCGCCGAGUGCGUCUGCGCCCAGCAAGCCAAGUGCUCCUGCGGCAAGCAAUCUGCUCUGCAUUGCACCUGCAGCAAGGCCGCCUCCGAGAACGCCGUCGUCGGACCUCGCUGCUCAUGCCGAGCUCGCCCCGUUGGCGAAUGUACCUGCGAACGCGCAUCCACAGAAAACACUAAGCCAAUCGGCGAGACCUGCGCCUGCGGCUCGCGUCCCGCCAAUGCCUGCACAUGCGAUAAUGGAGCCGCUGCAGCGUAUGACCGGUCUGAGCACGAGAUCGACUUCACUACCCGCCAGUGA